UGCCGCCCGCUGAUUAUAAAUACCGAAGCACGGGUCAGCAUGCCGGCACAUCGAAAUAACUACACACACGGCUCGGCUCGUUGCCUCCCGUGUGUGCAGCAGAGGAAUACAUAGAUAGACUGACAGACAGAGCGACAGAUAGAUAGAUAGACAGAUAGGGAGAACGAGAGAGACAGAUAGAGCGAGAGAGAGACAGAAAGAGAGAGAGAGAGAGAGAGAGAGAGAGAAAGAAACCCAGAGAGCGGUUCAUUCACACAAUCGUGUUAGAGAGAGAGAAAGAGAGCGCGCUACACGUAAACGUUAUAUCGUGUAUUACGGCGUUUAUAUAGACGGUGAGGUAUAACUAUACAUACUCGGGAUAGACACGCACGCGCUAACCACUAUACUAGCCAGACACUACCACCUGCGCUGAAGAGGAAGAAGAAGAAAAAAGAAGAAGCUGAAAGAUGUAUCCGAAGCCAGCCCAUCUUGCCUCCGAGCAUAUGCCAAAACUGUCGAAAGACCGGCGGAGAAAGAUAUUUAAGCCGAUCGUUGAGAAGAAAAGAAGGGAUCGCAUCAACUCCUGUCUAGACGAUCUCAAGGAGCUGCUACGUCAGCAGGGCAUGCGCAAAGAGGGAAUGUGUUAUUCGAAGGUCGAAAAGGCGGAUAUCCUUGAAAUGGCCGUUGAAUAUCUUCACGCUAUUCGUUCCCAACAGAUAACCGUGAUGGCGUCGCGGCCGGAGCUAGCGAUGAAGUAUCAGGCAGGCUAUACGGAAUGUGCCGCCGCAGUCUCUCAAUUCAUGGGUCUUUCGGGCCUGAGCCCCGAACUGGGCACGCGCGUCAUGGGCCACCUCUCGGGGGUCAUCACGAACCGAUCGCCGCUGCCACCAUCGCCGACGUCACUACCGUCAUCGCCAACGUCACUACCGCCAACGUCGGCACCGUCAGUGAGGAGUGCGUACUCUGGGUCCGCUCGACUUCCGCUGGCGACAAAGCGUGACGUCAUGAAGACGGGAAGCGGCGAGCGUGGCUUCAGUGCCGUUGCCAUAACAGCAGGACCGCCUGUGCUACUGUGCAAACCUGUGCCCAUCAUACCAGAACUUAUAGCCAACCCUGUGUACGCGAAUCCGUACAAGAGUAUGUUGCCCAUGUGGCGGCCGUGGUAAACUCCGGCAGAGAAAAGAGACGCGCGCUCAUCAGGGUAUUAGAUUAGAACACAUCACGGCAGGGAACUGUAAAUACAUUACAGAAUAUAUAUAUAUAUAUAUAUAUAUAUAUAUAUAUAUAUAUAAAUUGUGUAUACUGUGUAAGAUAUUGUAAAUAUUGAUCCGCAUUUUAUAUACUACCAUGUCACGUGAUUGCAGGCGAAGUUAAUAUCGAUAUCGUACAGAAUUCGUUGAUGAUAAUGGAAUGUCCAACUUACAAACAUGAUAAUUAUUCAUCACCUAUGUGCACAUUUCCCGUGUGGACAAGUAAAACCAUUAAGAGGUGCAUUUUCGCACCACUAUCACGCGAACAAAUCUCGAGAAAUGCCUCGAACACAUUCCAAGAGUGCGCGCGGGUGCGUGCGUGCACACACCGUUUGUGGUUGCAGAUAGACAGCCGCAAAAGCUCCUAUCGCACACAUUCCACCGAGUUUUGUAUGUAGUGCCGAUAAACGUGUUGCUGUUAGCUCGGCAACAACUCUACCUAGUCCUAGGUAGUUAUUGCGGAGCGAAGGGUUACACAGUUAGAGCUAACAGGCUGAACAGCGUCCUCAAUUCGCCGUUCACGACCAGUUAGUUAUUCAACAAGAGAACUACGCAUGUAAUAAUUCUGCUUUAAUUUUUUACGGUCAUUUGCCCAGAUAUCGAUUAGCAAGCUGCCGAUCAGUGCAGCCAUAGAAGGAAUGCCAAGUGCGGCAACGAUAUGUCGGUACCGUAUUGUCGUCGCUAUUGUUACAGUUACGUAAUAAAUGCUUUGUGUUUUGCA